UAUCUACCUAUCUACCUAUCUAUCUACCUAUCUAUCUAUCUAUCUAUCUAUCUAUCUAUCUAUCUAUCUAUCUAUCUAUCUAUCUAUCUAUCUAUCUAUCUAUCUAUCUACCUAUCUACCUAUCUACCCCCCCUCCCCUGCCCCCCCUCUCCCUGCCCUCCUCCUGGCCCGCCCCCGGGCCGGUGUACCAACUCCCGCUUCCCAUACCCUUCCCAAGGCUUUUUUUCUUCCCUCUCCUCGCCCCAAGCCCUCCCAGAACCAAGCCGCGAUUUUAUUUUUUUUUCCUUUUUAUGCUAAUCAGGCGGGAUUCGAACCCGUCACCUCUUUGUUUGCCAGUUAAUUACCAAUUCAAUGCUUAUGCCAAUUGCGCUAUCCCGGCUCGGUUACAAAUUCAAUGGUUUUUUUGUAUGUUAUUCAUAUGCAAAUCAAAUUCUUGCCCCUGAUUGUGUUGAAAAUAAUGACAUCAUGAACCUUCGGCCCAGAGGUCCCUGAGGUCCCACAGGUCCAAGAACCAAAACAAACCAAAGUUUACCAAACAUAAUGGAAACUGUAGCCUUGUCGGCUUUUGAAAGCUUCUUUUUAAUCAGGAUUCUUGUAUCUUUCUGACCACUAGUACAUUUAAAAAGCACUUAGCGCUUUCACGUUUUUCCGACGGGCAAUUUUGAUUUUAGCUGUAAGUUUUGUAUAAUAUUGAAAUACUUGAAAUGUCCGUCGGUGCGUUUGCUUUCAGUCGGUGAUCACAAGAAACAGUUUUUGUACGGUUAAAAGUGAUCAACAUCAAUUUACAUUCUCGCUAUAUAUCCCACCAGUGAACGGUAUCAAUCAUAAAAGGCUGAAAAUAGAGGAAACUGCUCAGCAACGAAAAACGUUGGGACUUCUAAUCAAAUUCUCCUCGUUAGCGCCAGAUGAACGGUAAAGGAAUGAGUAUGGAGAAUGUGCAUGUUAAUCUCACGCCAUUUACAAGUGUUCCUGCAACAAGCAAAAGUGAUCUUAUAAAUGAAAAACGCGAAGGUUAUGUCACUUUUAAUAACAACAACACCAAAAGUUUUAUUUGCCUGACCAUAAAGGAAUUACAGUAUUGCAAAAGCUAUUAGUCUAAAAUUAAGUACUAAUUCAUCUAAUUAGUACGUGCAAAACAUUACAAAACGUUACAGUUCUCUUUCAUUCAUUCAUUCAUUCAUUGAUAUUAAUUAGGCUCUUAAUUCAAAGCAUUGCGAGAUAGAUGGAACUAAUUGACAGUUAAUUAAAUAAUCAGAAGAAUUCAUAAGAAGAGAUAUUAAAGUAUCGUGUGAAAGUGAUUUGAAGUCAGGUAUUUUAGUUUCUAGUUUGGAGAAAAAUAUGUCUCUGAUCUGAGAAUAAGCCUUACAAUCUAGUAAGAAAUGAUUUUCAUCUUCGAUUUUGUUACUUGUACAAAAGUGACAUAUCCUUUCAUUGCGAGGAAUGUUUUCGUAUCUACCUGUUUCAAUUCUAAGUUGAUGACUACUUAUUCUAAAUCUAACUAAUGCUUUUCUCGAAGGCUUUUUUCUUGUUAAAGCUAGGUACGGCGAGGGGCUAUAGUCGUCUUUGAUUGUACAAUAAAAACUGCGUUUUUGUGAUUGUUGAAGGGUCUGAUUCCAGUAAGAGAGGUAUUUAAUAGAUUUGGAGCCAGCAAUGUGACCCUUCGACAACAAGAAAAAGCGUUCUUCUCUAACUAGGCAACUACAGUACCCUAGUCUGAAUCUGGUACCCUUAUAACUGCAAUAGGAAAUCUGCAAGUAGCACGGUAAAUCAUACUAAACUGCUACCGAUGCGACCGAAAACUUGUGAUAGAAUCGUGAAAUCAGCCUGAAGGAUCAAAACAAGGUGAUAUCCUUCGUGUCCUAAGGCAGCUAAAAGACUUUUUUCCAGAAUGAAAUAUACUUACAUCCUCUUACUUGAGACAUCACAAGAGUCCCAGGAACAUUUCCAGGAGAUCUCCAUCAGUUUCCAACUUGACCCAAAAGUCACUUGACAAGAUGAACCAAACAAACAUUGUUUGCCCGGCCUAUUGACGAUUAGUAAUUCCAUCAGGUCGUGUUUCUUUCGAAGGCAAGGUUACGUAAUUCAAGCUAUUUCCAAUCCAGUCUUAAAAUCAGGCUGUUAAAUGUCCCCAAGGUCAAUGACCAAUAAAGAAAAUUCUCCAACUUCAGACGAAGAGCAGUUUGGAACUUCAUGGUCUGUUUAUCCACUGCAUUAAAGAAAAGGAACGUACUAUAAGUAGACUAACUCGCGAAGCUGAAUGUGGGAAAAAGUGUGGAGAAGUUGAUCCUAAGUAAUGACAAAUGUUUAAUCAUAAAUUUCGCUUGUUUCUUCGCACACGUCCUUUUUUCCCCAUUUUUUUCUUACGUGAAUGCAUCCUUUUCUAAAAGUGCUUAUUUUGAGUCAAGAAUUUUAUAAAAGUAAGAAAAAAAAAUUGUGCUGAGCAGCAAAACCCUCCCCGGGUCUAGCCUGCGAGCAAGGUCUCUCACUGCCCCACCCCGCCCUACCUUCCCCCCAAUCCCGGCAGCAAGAGACCUUGCUCGCAGGCUAGACCCCCCUCCCUUUCCCCUUCCCUUCCUUUCCUUCCCUUCCCCCCCCUUCCCCUCCGCCCCCUCCCUAUCUACCUAUCCCCCUACCUCCCCCUACCUAUACCUAUCUACCUACCUAUCUACCUAUCUACCUAUCUAUCUAUCUAUCUAUCUAUCUAUCUAUCUAUCUAUCUAUCUAUCUAUCUAUCUAUCUAUCUAUCUACCUACCUACCCCCUAUCUACCUACCCCCCCUCCUGCCCCCCCCCCUCCCUGCCCUCCUCCCGGCCCGCCCCCGGGCCGGUGUACCAACUCCGCUUCCCAUACCCUUCCCAAGGCCUUUUUCUUCCCUCUCCUCGCCCCAAGCCCUCCCAGAACCAAGCCGCGAUUUUAUUCUUUUUUUUUUUCCUUUUUAUGCUAAUCAGGCGGGAUUCGAACCCGUCACCUCUUUGUUUGCCAGUUAAUUACCAAUUCAAUGCUUAUGCCAAUUGCGCUAUCCCGGCUCGGUUACAAAUUCAAUGGUUUUUUUGUAUGUUAUUCAUAUGCAAAUCAAAUUCUUGCCCCUGAUUGGCUGUUGAAAAUAAUGACAUCAUGAACCUUCGGCCCAGAGGUCCCUGAGGUCCCACAGGUCCAAGAACCAAAACAAACCAAAGUUUACCAAACAUAAUGGAAACUGUAGCCUUGUCGGCUUUGCGAAAGCUUCUUUUUAAUCAGGAUUCUUGUAUCUUUCUGACCACUAGUACAUUUAAAAAAGCACUUAGCGCUUUCACGUUUUUCCGACGGGCAAUUUUGAUUUUAGCUGUAAGUUUUGUAUAAUAUUGAAAUACUUGAAAUGUCCGUCGGUGCGUUUGCUUUCAGUCGGUGAUCACAAGAAAACAGUUUUGUACGGUUAAAAGUGAUCAACAUCAAUUUUCAUUCUCGCUAUAUAUCCCACCAGUGAAACGGUAUCAAUCAUAAAAGGCUGAAAAUAGAGGAAACUGCUCAGCAACGAAAAACGUUGGGACUUCUAAUCAAAUUCUCCUCGUUAGCGCCAGAUGAACGGUAAAGGAAUGAGUAUGGAGAAUGUGCAUGUUAAUCUCACGCCAUUUACAAGUGUUCCUGCAACAAGCAAAAGUGAUCUUAUAAAUGGAAAACGCGAAGGUUAUGUCACUUUUUUUAAUAACAACAACACCAAAAGCUUUAUUUGCGUGACCAUAAAGGAAUUACAGUAUUGCAAAAGCUAUUAGUCUAAAAUUAAGUACUAAUUCAACUAAUUAGUACGUGCAAAACAUUACAAAACGUUACAGUUUCUCAUUCAUUCAUUCAUUCAUUCAUUGAUAUUAAUUUGGUUCUUAAUUCAAAGCAUUGCGAGAUAGAUGAAACUAAUUGACAGUUAAUUAAAUAAUCAGAAGAAUUCAUAAGAAGAGAUAUUAAAGUAUCGUGUGAAAGUGAUUUGAAGUCAGGUAUUUUAGUUUCUAGUUUGGAGAAAAAUAUGUCUCUGAUCUGAGAAUAAGCCUUACAAUCUAGUAAGAAAUGAUUUUCAUCUUCGAUUUUGUUACUUGUACAAAAGUGACAUAUCCUUUCAUUGCGAGGAAUGUUUUCGUAUCUACCUGUUUCAAUUCUAAGUUGAUGACUACUUAUUCUAAAUCUAACUAAUGCUUUUCUCGAAGGGUUUUUUCUUGUUAAAGCUAGGUACGGCGAGGGGCUAUAGUCGUCUUUGAUUGUACAAUAAAAACUGCGUUUUUGUGAUUGUUGAAGGGUCUGAUUCCAGUAAGAGACGUAUUUAAUAGAUUUGGAGCCAGCAAUGUGACCCUUCGACAACAAGAAAAAGCGUUCUUCUCUAACUAGGCAACUACAGUACCCUAGUCUGAAUCUGGUACCCUUAUAACUGCAAUAGGAAAUCUGCAAGUAGCACGGUAAAUCAUACUAAACUGCUACCGAUGCGACCGAAAACUUGUGAUAGAAUCGUGAAAUCAGCCUGAAGGAUCAAAACAAGGUGAUAUCCUUCGUGUCCUAAGGCAGCUAAAAGACUUUUUUCCAGAAUGAAAUAUACUUACAUCCUCUUACUUGAGACAUCACAAGAGUCCCAGGGACAUUUCCAGGAGAUCUCCAUCAGUUUCCAACUUGACCCAAAAGUCACUUGACAAGAUGAACCAAACAAACAUUGUUUGCCCGGCCUAUUGACGAUUAGUAAUUCCAUCAGGUCGUGUUGUUUUUUCGCAGGCAAGGUUACGUAAUUCAAGCUAUUUCCAAUCCAGUCUUAAAAUCAGGCUGUUAAAUGUCCCCAAGGUCAAUGACCAAUAAAGAAAAUUCUCCAACUUCAGACGAAGAGCAGUUUGGAACUUCAUGGUCUGUUUAUCCACUGCAUUAAAGAAAAGGAACGUACUAUAAGUAGACUAACUCGCGAAGUUGAAUGUGGGAAAAAGUGUGGAGAAGUUGAUCCUAAGUAAUGACAAAUGUUUAAUCAUAAAUUUCGCUUGUUUCUUCGCACACGUCCUUUUUCCCCGUUUUUUUUCUUACGUGAAUGCAUCCUUUUCUAAAAGUGCUUAUUUUGAGUCAAGAAUUUUAUAAAAGUAAGAAGAAAAAAAAUUGUGCUGAGCAGCAAAACCCUCCCCGGGUCUAGCCUGCGAGCAAGGUCUCUCACUGCCCCACCCCACCCAACCCUCCCCCAAUCCCGGCAGCAAGAGACCUUGCUCGCAGGCUAGACCCCCCUCCCUUUCCCCUUCCCUUUCCUUCCCUUCCCUUCCCUUCCCCUCCCUUCCCUCCCCCCCCCUACCUAUCUACCUAUCCCCCCUACCUACCCCCUACCUACCCUAUCUACCUAUCUACCUAUCUAUCUAUCUAUCUAUCUAUCUAUCUAUCUAUCUCUAUCUAUCUAUCUAUCUAUCUAUCUACCUACCCCUCUACCUAUCUACCUACCCCCCCCUCCCGCCUGCCCCCCCCCCCCUCCCCCUCCUCCCGGCCCGCCCCCGGGCCGGUGUACCAACUCCCGCUUCCCAUACCCUUCCCAAGGCCUUUUUUCUUCCCUCUCCUCGCCCCAAGCCGCUCCCAGAACCAAGCCGCGAUUUUAUUCUUUUUUUUUCCUUUUUUGUGCUAAUCAGGCGGGAUUCGAACCCGUCACCUCUUUGUUUGCCAGUUAAUUACCAAUUCAAUGCUUAUGCCAAUUGCGCUAUCCCGGCUCGGUUACAAAUUCAAUGGUUUUUUUUGUAUGUUAUUCAUAUGCAAAUCAAAUUCUUGCCCCUGAUUGGCUGUUGAAAAUAAUGACAUCAUGAACCUUCGGCCCAGAGGUCCCUGAGGUCCCACAGGUCCAAGAACCAAAACAAACCAAAGUUUACCAAACAUAAUGGAAACUGUAGCCUUGUCGGCUUUGCGAAAGCUUCUUUUUAAUCAGGAUUCUUGUAUCUUUCUGACCACUAGUACAUUUAAAAAGCACUUAGCGCUUUCACGUUUUUCCGACGGGCAAUUUUGAUUUUAGCUGUAAGUUUUGUAUAAUAUUGAAAUACUUGAAAUGUCCGUCGGUGCGUUUGCUUUCAGUCGGUGAUCACAAGAAACAGUUUUUGUACGGUUAAAAGUGAUCAACAUCAAUUUACAUUCUCGCUAUAUAUCCCACCAGUGAACGGUAUCAAUCAUAAAAGGCUGAAAAUAGAGGAAACUGCUCAGCAACGAAAAACGUUGGGAUUUCUAAUCAAAUUCUCCUCGUUAGCGCCAGAUGAACGGUAAAGGAAUGAGUAUGGAGAAUGUGCAUGUUAAUCUCACGCCAUUUACAAGUGUUCCUGCAACAAGCAAAAGUGAUCUUAUAAAUGGAAAACGCGAAGGUUAUGUCACUUUUAAUAACAACAACACCAAAAGCUUUAUUUGCGUGACCAUAAAGGAAUUACAGUAUUGCAAAAGCUAUUAGUCUAAAAUUAAGUACUAAUUCAACUAAUUAGUACGUGCAAAACAUUACAAAACGUUACAGUUCUCAUUCAUUCAUUCAUUCAUUCAUUCAUUGAUAUUAAUUUGGUUCUUAAUUCAAAGCAUUGCGAGAUAGAUGAAACUAAUUGACAGUUAAUUAAAUAAUCAGAAGAAUUCAUAAGAAGAGAUAUUAAAGUAUCGUGUGAAAGUGAUUUGAAGUCAGGUAUUUUAGUUUCUAGUUUGGAGAAAAAUAUGUCUCUGAUCUGAGAAUAAGCCUUACAAUCUAGUAAGAAAUGAUUUUCAUCUUCGAUUUUGUUACUUGUACAAAAGUGACAUAUCCUUUCAUUGCGAGGAAUGUUUUCGUAUCUACCUGUUUCAAUUCUAAGUUGAUGACUACUUAUUCUAAAUCUAAGUAAUGCUUUUCUCGAAGGGUUUUUUCUUGUUAAAGCUAGGUACGGCGAGGGGCUAUAGUCGUCUUUGAUUGUACAAUAAAAACUGCGUUUUUGUGAUUGUUGAAGGGUCUGAUUCCAGUAAGAGACGUAUUUAAUAGAUUUGGAGCCAGCAAUGUGACCCUUCGACAACAAGAAAAAGCGUUCUUCUCUAACUAGGCAACUACAGUACCCUAGUCUGAAUCUGGUAGCCUUAUAACUGCAAUAGGAAAUCUGCAAGUAGCACGGUAAAUCAUACUAAACUGCUACCGAUGCGACCGAAAACUUGUGAUAGAAUCGUGAAAUCAGCCUGAAGGAUCAAAACAAGGUGAUAUCCUUCGUGUCCUAAGGCAGCUAAAAGACUUUUUUCCAGAAUGAAAUAUACUUACAUCCUCUUACUUGAGACAUCACAAGAGUCCCAGGGACAUUUCCAGGAGAUCUCCAUCAGUUUCCAACUUGACCCAAAAGUCACUUGACAAGAUGAACCAAACAAACAUUGUUUGCCCGGCCUAUUGACGAUUAGUAAUUCCAUCAGGUCGUGUUUCUUUCGCAGGCAAGGUUACGUAAUUCAAGCUAUUUCCAAUCCAGUCUUAAAAUCAGGCUGUUAAAUGUCCCCAAGGUCAAUGACCAAUAAAGAAAAUUCUCCAACUUCAGACGAAGAGCAGUUUGGAACUUCAUGGUCUGUUUAUCCACUGCAUUAAAGAAAAGGAACGUACUAUAAGUAGACUAACUCGCGAAGUUGAAUGUGGAAAAAAAAGUGUGGAGAAGUUGAUCCUAAGUAAUGACAAAUGUUUAAUCAUAAAUUUCGCUUGUUUCUUCGCACACGUCCUUUUUUCCCGUUUUUUUUCUUACGUGAAUGCAUCCUUUUCUAAAAGUGCUUAUUUUGAGUCAAGAAUUUUAUAAAAGUAAGAAGAAAAAAAAUUGUGCUGAGCAGCAAAACCCUCCCCGGGUCUAGCCUGCUAGCAAGGUCUCUUACUGCCCCACCCCACCCAACCCUCCCCCAAUCCCGGCCACAAGAGACCUUGCUCGCAGGCUAGACCCCCCUUUCCCCCUUUCCCUUCCCUUCCCUUCCCCCCCCCCACCCCUCCGCCCUCUACCCUCUACCUAUCCCCCUACCCCCCCCCCCUACCUACCCUCUACCUAUCUACCUAUCUAUCUAUCUAUCUAUCUAUCUAUCUAUCUAUCUAUCUAUCUAUCUAUCUAUCUAUCUAUCUAUCUAUCUAUCUAUCUAUCUAUCUAUCUACCCCUCUACCUAUCUACCUA